CGAAGACCAUGACGUUCAUGGUGAAGACUAUGGUGGGCGGCCAGCUGAAGAACCUCACGGGGAGCCUGGGUGGCGGUGAAGACAAGGGGGACGGGGACAAAUCGGCGGCCGAAACGCAGGGCAUGAGCCGAGAGGAGUAUGAGGAGUAUCGGAAGCAACUGGUGGAAGAGAAGAUGGAACGGGACACACAGUUCACACAGAGGAAGGCAGAGCGGGCCACGCUGCGGAGCCACUUCCGAGACAAAUACCGGCUGCCCAAGAAUGAGACAGAUGAGAGCCAGAUCCAGACGGCAGGCGGGGACGUGGAGCUGCCUCAGGAGCUGGCCAAGAUGAUUGAGGAGGACACAGAGGAGGAGGAGGAGAGGGCCUCAGUCCUCGGGCAGCUGACCAGCCUUCCUGGCUUAGACCUUGGCUCACUCAAGGACAAGGCCCAAGCUACACUGGGGGACCUCAAGCAAUCAGCUGAGAAGUGCCACAUCAUGUAA